AGACAGUUAUGUAUUUAAAUGGUGGGACCAAUUGAAAGGAGAUCACAAUAAAAGUGUUAAUAGUAUUUUACAGUUGUUUAAUCAUCGAUCUUAAUCAUCUCCAUCAUCUUAACUUGGCUAUCAGUUUUAGAUCAUUUUCAUCGCAAUUUUAAAAUGAAGCCCAUUUAUAAAUUUCUUUUAUCAUCUCUUGAUGCCUUUGGUCACAUCAAUUUCACUUUGGGUUUUGGUGAACUCCUUGUUGAAGCUGGACAUGAAGUUACAUUUACUCAUCGUGACCGUUACGCCGCCAUGGCUACAAAGCGAGGCUUCAAAUUUAUUCCUUUUGAUGAAUCCUUUUUCGCAAAUCAAUCAACUGCAGUUUUCCUGGAAUGGACAAAGAAAAAUUUAAGCAAAUUUCGCUCAGAUGCGCUGACCAGGUACUCUAAUUGGAGUGAGGCAGAUAAGGAACUUUACUCGUCCGUUGUGGAUGAAUAUGAGCCAACAAAUAAAGCUUUGGCCGCAGUUUUGAAAGAACACAAAGACUCAUUUGAUGUUUUAAUAGCAGAUUAUGUGACACGAUUUCCAGCUUUAUUUUCAUCACCAAUACCUUAUAUCCACUUGGCAUCCAUUAACCCAUUGUCUAUAUACCCACAAGGGCCUCCACCAUUUUCGGGUUAUUCAACCAAAUUAGAUGAAGAAACGUAUGCCAAAUUUAAACAAGUUUACGAUGGAGCUUGCAUUCGUUUUAAGGAAAAGCUGUUUGCCUGGUGGAAAGAGUAUAAUACUGAACCACUUCCAGAAGAUAAUUACUUUGUCGAUAUACCCAAACACUUGGGCUUUUAUCAUUAUCCUGAAGCCCUUGACUAUAGCGAAUGUGGACCUAAAAUCACUGAUAAAUGGAUUAGAGUCGAUGCAAAUAUCAGGAAACCAGAUUUUGAGGAGACCUUUACAGUGCCAGAAACAUUAGAAAACCUUCCCGGCAAAUUGAUAUACUUUUCCUUAGGCUCACUUGGGUCGAUUGAUGUUGAAUUAAUGAAAGAAGUGAUUGCCAUUCUGGCCCAGGCACCGCAUCGUUUUAUCGUAUCCAAGGGUCCAUUGGGUUUCCAGAUUGAUUUACCAUCUAAUAUGUGGGGGGAAGAUUAUGUCAAUCAAAUUGCAAUCCUUAAAGUUGUUGAUUUGGUUAUCACGCAUGGUGGAAAUAACACUUUUAUGGAAACAUUGUAUUUUGGUAAACCUUUAAUAGUCUUACCUUUCUUUUUCGACCAAUUUGAUAACGCUCAGAGGGUUGUUGAUUGUGGCAUUGGUCGACGGUUGGAUACAUGGAAGUUGGAUAAUGAAACACUUUUAAAAGCAAUUGAGGAAACAUUAGCUGACAAAGAAAUGCAAACCAAAAUCAAUGCUAUUUCAAAAUCAAUGCAAUCAGCUGAUAGUGGGAAAAAGGCGGUUAAGAUGAUAGAAGAUUUUGUAGAAAAGUUGAAAGCUAAAUAGCUAAAAGAAGUAUUUUAUUGAUUUUAAAUGUUGAAUCUUUAAAGUUUUUAAACAAAUCAUAGAUAUAAAAUUCCAUACAAUACAAGAUUGAAACAUUUGUACAUAUUGUAAUUGCAUGUUCAUUAAACAACUUUCACAAAAAAUA